AUAACGCUAAACUCCCAAAGACCAAUUCUUUAACCAGUAUUGUUUUAUCUGGGCCUAUAUUCCCGGAAGUCCCGCCCGAGGGGAAGGGCGGUACCGGAAAAAGUUGAAGUGGGAAAAGCCGGAAAGGGACAAGGGGCGUGCCUUCCGUGGCGCUCUAGCAUGCCUCUACUCUAUAGCCACUGCCAAUUGACAGGUCCCAAGCGGAAAGACUCCUGUUUACUGGAUAAGCAGCCUCGUGUAGGCGGGCCUCUCGGUUUGAGGCACGCUGAUUGGCUGGAUCCGCCAUGCGAAACGGAGGGGCGGUUCUUGGGGCACGCGGACGGAGGUGACCCGCUGCUUUCUUGCUCCAGGCGGAGACGGGCGCAUGUGGGCUCUACGCUCGCUGCUGCGGUCCGUGGCUGGGCGCACCAUGUCACAGGGAUCUGUCCGCCGCCAGCGGCCGCCCAAGGACCCACUGAGGCACCUGCGCACGCGGGAGACGCGAGAGAAGCGCGGUCAGUUGGGGAUCCCCGGGGGCCCGAACACCGUGUACCUCCAGGUGGUGGCGUCCGGCGGCCGGGAUGUGGGCGCAGCGCUCUACGUCUUCUCCGAGUACAAUCGGUAUCUCUUCAACUGUGGAGAAGGCGUCCAACGACUCAUGCAGGAACACAAGUUGAAGGUUGCUCGCCUGGACAACAUAUUCCUGACACGAAUGCACUGGUGUAAUGUUGGGGGGUUGUCUGGAAUGAUUCUUACGUUAAAGGAAACCGGGCUUCCAAAAUGUGUACUUUCUGGACCUCCACAACUGGAAAAGUACAUAGAAGCGAUCAAAAUAUUUUCUGGUCCAUUGAAUGGAAUAGACCUGGCUGUGCGGCCCCACUCUGCACCAGAAUACAAGGAUGAAACCAUGACUGUUUACCAGAUUCCCAUAUAUAGUGAGCAGAUGUUUGAUCAGCACCAGCCAUCACAGAGUCCAGAAACACCUCUCAGCAGGCUCAGUCCAGAUCAGUCUUCAGACUCUGGGUCAGCUGAAAACAAGCAGCAGCUUCCACUUGGUAAAGGUGUUAGCCAAAAAGGGAAUGGCCGGGACCCUUCCUUGGUUGUAGCUUUUGUCUGUAAGCUUCACUUAAAGAAAGGAAAUUUCUUGGUGCUCAAAGCGAAGGAGCUCGGCCUCCCAGUUGGGACAGCUGCCAUUGCUCCCAUCAUUGCUGCCGUCAAGGACGGGAAAAGUGUCACUUAUGAAGGAAGAGUGAUUUUGCCUGAAGAGCUCUGUACUCCCCCAGAUCCUGGUCUUGCUUUUAUUGUAGUAGAAUGUCCAGAUGAAGGAUUCAUUCAACCCAUCUGUGAGAAUGCCACCUUCAAGAGGUACCAGGGAGAGGCUGAUGCCCCCGUGGCCUUGGUGGUUCACAUGGCCCCAGAAUCCGUGCUGAUGGACCACAGGUACCAGCAGUGGAUGGAGAGGUUUGGGCCUGACACCCAGCACUUGAUCCUGAAUGAGAACUGUGCCUCCGUUCACAACCUCCGCAGCCACAAGAUCCAGGCACAGCUCAGCCUCAUCCACCCUGGCAUCUUCCCCCCACUCACCAGUUUCCCCUGUAAGGAAGAAGGUGCUGCCCUCUGUGUGCCUGCGGUUCGGGGGGAAUGCCUCCUCAAGUACCAGCUCCGGCCCAGGAGGGAGUGGCAGAGGGAUGCUAUUAUUACAUGCAAUCCUGAUGAAUUUAAAGCUGAGGCCUUGGAGCUUCCCAAUUUCCAGGAGAGCCUGCAGGAGUAUAGGAAGAGUGCACAGGAUGGCCCAACCCCAGCAGAAAAAAGUCAAUAUCCAGAAAUCAUCUUCCUUGGAACAGGGUCUGCCAUCCCAAUGAAGAUUCGAAAUGUCAGCUCCACACUUGUCAACAUAAGCCCUGACAAGUGUCUGUUGUUGGACUGUGGCGAAGGCACGUUUGGGCAACUGUGCCGUCAUUACGGAGAUCAGGUGGACAGGGUCCUGUGCAGCCUGGCAGCUGUGUUUGUGUCCCAUCUACAUGCAGAUCACCACACGGGCUUGUUACAGAUCUUGUUGCAGAGAGAACGAGCUUUGGCAUCUCUGGGAAAGCCAGUUCACCCUCUCCUGGUGGUCGCCCCCACCCAGCUCAAGGCCUGGCUCCAACAGUACCAUAACCAGUGCCAGAAGAUCCUUCAUCACGUCAGUAUGAUCCCUGCCAAAUGCCUUCAGAAAGGGGCUGAGGUCUCCAGUCCCACAGCUGAGAUACUGAUCAGUUCACUGUUGGGAAUGUGUGAUUUGAAGGAGUUUCAGACUUGCCUGGUGCGGCACUGCAAGCAUGCCUUUGGCUGUGCACUGGUGCACACAUCCGGCUGGAAAGUGGUGUACUCUGGGGACACCAUGCCCUGUGAGGCUCUUGUUCAGAUGGGCAAAGAUGCCACCCUCCUGAUACAUGAAGCCACCCUGGAAGAUGGCUUAGAAAAGGAGGCUGUGGAAAAGACACACAGCACCACUUCCCAGGCCAUUGGCGUGGGGAUGAGGAUGAACGCAGAGUUCAUCAUGCUGAACCACUUCAGCCAGCGAUAUGCCAAGGUCCCGCUCUUUAGCCCUGAAUUCAAUGAGAAAGUUGGGAUUGCCUUUGACCAUAUGAAGGUCUGCUUUGGAGACUUCCCUACAGUGCCCAAGCUGACUGCCCCCCUGAAAGCCCUGUUUGCCAGUGACAUUGAGGAGAUGGAGGAGCGCAGGGAGAAGCGGGAGCUGCGGCUGGUGCGGGCCGCUCUCUUGUCUGGGCAGCUGGCGGUUGGCCCGGAGGACAAGGAGUCCCAGCAGAAACGGUCCCACACAGAGCAGCCGCCCAGCCCACAGAGCAAGAAGCUCAGAGCCCAGUGAAGAUCUGGGAGUAGCCCCAAUCCCUAAGGCUGCAUCUUCUGGCCUAUGCCCAGCAACAUAUCUGCUCUCCUUGCCUGGUGGAAGCUGAAGAGCACGACCUCACCAGGAGGAGGCAGUCCAGCAUGGGCAGCAGUGAGCUGUGCCGAUGCUGGGCCCUGGGUGAGCCCUGGCCUGUAGAUACCACCUAUAACUGGUGCCUGGCACAGCUGUGUGACACAAGGUUGUGGAGCAGAAGCAAUAGGCAUGAUUAACUCCAUUGCAAGUUUGUUUUUUUGUUUGUUUGUUUGUUUUGAGACAGAGUCUCAAGCUGUCGUCCUGGGUAGAGUGCCGUGGCGUCACAGCUCACAGCAACCUCAAACUCUUGGGCUUAAGCCAUUUUCUUACCUCAGCCUCCCAAGUAGCUGGGACUGCAGGUGCCCACCACAGCACCUGGUUGUUGUUUUUUUUUGUUUUUGUUUUUUGGUUGUAGUUGUUUGGCCUGGGCUGGAUUCGAACCCGCCAGCUCUGGUGUAUGUGGCUAGCACCCUAGCUGCUGACCUAUAGGCACCGAGCCUACAAGUUUGUUUUAAAUAAGUCACAUAGAUCCCACACCUACUCCAACAGGGAGUCCCUCUGCACGUCAGAGACACACCAAAUGGCAGGGAACAGUGGGUCUGAGACUCCAAGACUCAAGGAAUAAUAUUUCCAAAAAAUAGGUACAAUAAAGAUUGAGAUUGGCACCCUGAGUUCUUUCACUCCGUCCUAAUGCUGCCUUGGAGAGCUCCACGUGCCAUAGUGUCAUGCUGCCAGGGACUUGGUGUACCCUGGAAGUUAGCCUUGACCAGCAAGGACUUCUGGAGCUUGUAUGCAGGGGAGCUACCCUUGUUAGCUGAGGCUUUUGGCAGAAGCUGGGCUGGCUCAAGUGGUAUGUCACAUCACGGGCCAGUGCAGCGGGUCAGAGAAAUGCAGUCUUUUGUUCUGGGUAAAAAUGGAGACAACAGAUUUGCUCUCUUGCUCUAAAUGAGAAUGGGGAUUACUGUUUGCUGUUGAAAGUUUUGAGAAAUGUCACAUUAGGCUGGUUCACUUACCUUCUUGUGGGAUUUAGAAACAAGUUAGUGCUUGAUUUGAAAAAUCAAAAGAAAAUUCUCUAAGCUGAACCUGUUAUUUGCGUACUCUGCUUACCCACGAGAAUGUGUCCAGAGUGACCGACAAAACAAGGCCUUGCCUUCAUUAGCAGUGACAUUUGGGCGCCCUCCUGGUACAGCGCGAGGGCAUGAGAUUGUAGUUGUGUCCCCAUGGGUUUAUUAAAAUGAAAACAUAUGCCAAGCUCAGGGAUAAUAAAUCUAUUUUAAUAACAUUACUUUUGACAAUAAUUUGUACAUGUAUUUAAAGGUAACUUUCAACCCCCCUCCCCCACUCCAUUACAAAUUGAGGAUUGACCUGCCCUUGCCAGGAAGUGCGAAAAGCCGUAACAUCAAAAGUCUGCAAAUCUCACUCAGAGAAGGGUGGCUUUACACUGUUGGGAAAAAACUAAGCAUUUAAAUUUUUCAUUGUACACCUGUACAUUGGUUUAGACUGAAUGGCUCAAAUUAAACAAAUAUAGAUUUCAUAUAUACAAAUAUUAUAUCAUGUAUAGGUAUAUUAUAUCUAUUUUAAAAGGAUAAAAUUUUGAACUUUGA